AUGGUUCUAUUUAAAAACUCAUUAAAUGCUUUGAAGAAAUCAUUUCCUUGUGGUAUAUCAACAAUCAUGGCGAAGGUUAUAGACAUAAGUAACCACGAUUUGCAACAUUUGGUUUCCUUGGCAACCCAAAGCCUUAAGUCAGGAAAUAUCAUAGCAGUACCGACAGACACCAUAUAUGGGGUUGCAGGCCUAGCUCAAAGAAACGAUGCUACUAGUAAAAUCUAUCAACUGAAAAACAGAGACUUGAAAAAGCCAAUCGCAAUAAGUGUUGCCGAUAUUGAUGAUGUGUACAGGUGGGGCCAUGUGACUGUGUCCAGAGAAUUACUAUCAGAACUUCUACCGGGCCCUGUCACUGUUGUAUUCGAAAGAAAAGAUGACCUGAGCCCGAGUUUAAAUCCUGAUGCAUCCCUUAUAGGGAUCAGAAUACCUGACCAACAGUUCAUCAGAUCUCUUGCCAGAGCAUGCCAGGAACCAAUCGCCUUGACCAGUGCAAACAUCAGUUCUGCUCCAAGCACUGUGUCUGUAGAGGAGUUUCAUGAGUUGUGGCCCACAUUGGACCUGGUGUUUGAUGGAGGAAUGCUGGGAAAUACAACCGAGUCUAGGCAAGGGUCUACUGUUGUAGACCUGUCACAGAAAGGAGUCUACAGAAUCAUACGGGAUGGCAGUGCACUACGACCUACAUCAGAUUUAUUGGAGAAAUAUGGACUUAAGAAUGGGAAAACAAUGGAAUCAUCAGAUGAUGCAACUAUAACAGUCAGAUAG